AUGUCCUGGGGAACCUCCUUACCCUCUCUAUGCUUGAUUUCUCACCUUCUCCUCCUGGUGUCGCUCUACCCUACACCCAAUAUGGCGAAGGUUAUCGGCGCGGUCGUCAUUGCACGCAAUGGUGGUAGAAAUCACUACUACCAAGAUCCGAAGACCUACAAGGGUACUUUCACUGAAACUACUGCUCUCGGAGAGGCGGAAUCUUUCCAACUUGGUGACACAAUUCGCCAAUUGUACCUCAACCCUUCCUCCUCUUCUUACAUUGAAGGCAUGCGCCCCGAUGUUGUGAACAACAAACAAAUCAAGGUUCGCGUCAAGGCCGGUGGUGAAGGCACUGUCGUUUUCGAUUCGGCCAUCGCAUUUUUGCAGGGAGUGUUCCCACCAAACCCCAAUAACAAGAUCGAGUUGGCCAAUGAUACCACCGUUACCGCACCCCUUAAUGGAUACCAAUACGUCCCAGUCGAGACUGUUGAACCGGUGAACGACAGGUCGUUGGAGAGUUGGACUGAUUGCCCGAACUUCUCUAAACACGUCGCAGAAUUCUACUCUUCAGAGGAGUUCAAGAAGAAGGACAGGGAUGCACAACCAUUUUUCGGUGCUAUCAAAGACUUCGUCUUCGGACGCCCGACUACCCUCGAAAAUGCUUACAAUAUUUUCGAUUACAUGAACACUGAACUUACCUACAACAAGACAUACGCCCACCGCCUUCCCCCAAGGAUGACUGAGCAAGCUCGUGCCUAUGCUGAUUUCCACGAGAACGGUGUCUUCUCUGACAGCGAACCAUCCGGUAUUGGCAACAUUGCUGGUCGUACCAUGCUCCACACCAUUCUCAGCUCUCUCGAGCGCAUUUCCUUCAGCGAUGAUCCUCUGAAAUUCACCCUCGUCGAGACCAGCUACCAACCUUUCAUUUCCUUCUUCCACGAGGUCGAAGUCGUCAAGGAACACCCUGAACUCAAAGCCAUUCCCGACUUUGGAUCUGCUCUUGUCAUCGAACUCCGCCGAGGCAAUCCUCCCGAUCUUCGGGACUUCUUGAGAUUCAGGUUCAAGAAUGGAACUCAUUCGGAAUUCCAGACUCUCCACGUCUAUGGUUCUCGUUCGGACAUUGCUCUUACUGAAUUCAUCUACAAGUCUAAGAAUGGCGCCAUCACUAGCAACAGGCAGUGGUCUCAGGUUUGCGGCCGACGCCGCUUGCUUGGUAUCGAGAUGGUUGAAGGCUCUGCCGAAUCGACCUCGGUCAACGUUGUUCUCGCUAUUGUGGCUUUCCUCGGUCUCUUCGUGAUUUCGAAGCUUGGCAGGAGGGCUUAUCAGAAGUUCAAAGCCUCCCGUCGUGUGCGUCUUGAGGGACAAGAGAACGAAAUCAAUCCUCAAAUGGUCAACCCUGUUGAGAAACAAGUUGUCGCUACAGUUUGA